AUGGUUGAUCAGCAGGAGCAAGAUAGGAUGCUGCCAAUUGCAAACGUGGGAAGGAUAAUGAAGCAAAUCCUUCCCCCAACAGCAAAGAUCUCAAAGGAGGCCAAACAAACAAUGCAAGAAUGUGCAACUGAGUUCAUAAGCUUCGUGACUGGCGAGGCAUCUGACAAGUGUCACAAGGAGAAUCGAAAGACGGUGAAUGGGGAUGACAUCUGUUGGGCUCUCACUGCUCUAGGGUUUGAUAACUAUGCUGAGGUUUUAGUUAGGUACUUGCAUAAAUAUAGGGAGGCUGAGAGAGAAAAGGCCAACCAAAUUAGUAAAGGCAGCGACAACAAUAAUAAUAAUAAUCAUAUUACUAUUGCUGAUCAUGAUGAAGACAAAGAUGGAGAUUCAGAUGAUCGCUCUAAAAGUACCACUGGAGUUCAGCAAACUGAUCAAAUUAGUAACAUUAUUACUACUUCUCCAACUCUAAUGGAGUUCAACAUCAUUGAGAAGGGAGAUCAUCAUCAGUCUCUUGUUAAAUCGUCUUGA